AUGCUGGCGAUGCGUCUGGCAGCGCUGCUGCUCCUGGCAUGGGCGAGCCUUGCGGUUGCCGCCAACGUCAAGGCGCUGACGCCGAACGUCCUCGCCACAGGCCAGGUCAUCUACCCAGGAGCGCCCGUCGUCUAUGCGCUUGAGACGGCGCCGGGUCAAGCGUACGAGGUCAAGCUGUCGUACCGCGCCACGACGCCGAGCUUCUUCAAGCUGCGCCUCUUGGACGACGGCGAGGCCGAGCGCCAGCGUAGCCACGGCGCCAUGCGACGCAUGCUCAACACGGAAAAGACGUUUGUGACGGGCAGCGCGGAUGGACGUAUGCAGUACGUCGAGGUAACGAUGCAAGUCGAAGGCGUCUCGUACCGCUUGAGCGCCGACGAGCUUGCUCGUCGUGCAACCACGUUUGACAUUCUUCUCGAAGAACUGGUGGUCGGGAUCCCCGUCAGCGCCUUCACGCUCAUUGGCGUUGCGCUCGCGCUGCUUAUCUUGAUGGUGCUGUUCGUGUACCCUCGUGUGAGUGCGCUCGUCCAUGACACGGAUACUAUUCCUUUGAAAACCCGGUAA